CUUCCCUUUGGAACGAGACGGGGAAGCCAGCUCCUCACAGGGCCCAAUAAGACCCUGGCAGGGUCUGCCCCUGGCCGGCCUCUCCCACUCACCCUGCCGCUCUCCUCCUCGGUGCUUCUCCGCCGGCUCUUCCUCCCACCUCAGACUCUGCACAUGCUGCUCCCUCUGCCUACACGCUCUUCCAGCGUCCAUGUGGCUUCCUCCCACACCCCGUCAGUGUGGCCUCCCGGCCCCCUCAUCUAAGGAGCCGUGGACCGCAGGAAGAUGGAGCGCUUCUCUUGCAGUGUGAUUAUGGUCAUGGCCAUUUCCACAGCGUUUGAACUGGGAUUGGUUGCUGGGUUGGGCCACCAUGAACUUGCACGUCCGUCCCAGGGAGACCUGGCCUUCAGAGCUGACACCAUUCGGUCCCAGGAGGAGCCUGCAGUUCGUCAGCGGCGGCCUUUCCAGUUUGUGCCAUCCACAGGAAUCCAGGACAGUAAAGAGCUAAACAAAACGUGCUGUCUGAAUGGGGGAACCUGCAUGCUGGGCUCCUUUUGUGCCUGCCCGCCCUCCUUCUAUGGACGGAACUGUGAGCACGAUUUGCGCAAAGAAAACUGUGGGUCUGUGCCGCACGGCACCUGGCUGCCCAGGAGGUGCUCCAUGUGUAAAUGCUGGCACGGCCGGCUUCGCUGCUUCCCUCAGGCCUUUCUGCCGGGUUGUGAUGGCCAUGUGAUGGAUGAGCACCUCGCAGCUUCCAGGACUCCAGAAUUAACACUGUCUGCGUGCACCACUCUUACGCUAGCUGGCAUCUGCCUUGCCGUACAAAGUUACUGUUAAUCAACAUUUGCAUGCAACAUUUGUCCUUAGAUUUCAUGACCAGUAUAGGCUAUCUCUCCAUUGUCCUGAGAGAUGAUCAUUUAUUUGUUGCCGUGAAAUAGGGAAUAGAUUUCCAUAGUGGUGCCUAACAUUUCCUUAAAGUACCAACUACUUUCCUCUGCCCUACUCUUUCCAAAAAACUACUUUAAAAAAAAGUCAGCUGUAU